CUGUAAACAAACGGCACUCUUCAGCCUAUGGAGAGUCAUAUUCAACAUCAUGUGAUAGAACUCUGAUAUUGAAAACGAUGUAUAGUCAUAGUGAUCUGUCAGGAAGUCGCGGUUUGAAAUUAAUGUAAAUCGAAAACGGUAUUAUUCGGAAGGACAAUGCAUGACGCAUAUGAACCUGCUCCGAUCCUUGAAAAACUGCCACUGAGCAUCGAAUCCAUCGCUUCUUAUGAGGAUGUUCUGUUGGUUGGGACAAAACAGGGACAUUUGCUAGUAUAUUCUGUGAAAUCCACAGGCUCAGAGACAAGAUUUGAUGUCUCCCUGGAAAGGUCCAACAAGUCCUUCUCAAGGAAACCUAUACAGCAGCUGUCUGCUGUUCCAGAAUGCAGUGUUUUAAUUAGCCUGUCUGAUAACACUGUUAGUGUCCAUGAUCUGACUGUGUUUAAUCAGAUUACAUGUGUUAAAAAAACAGCAGGUGCCUCUUUAUUUGCCAUAGACUUACAGAAGGAAACUUCACUUACAGGAGAUGUAAAACAUACACUCAGAAUGUGUGUAGCAGUUAGGAGAAAAUUGCAAUUGUUUUAUUGGAAGAACCGAGAUUUCUAUGAGUUACAGAUUGACCUGAGUGUUCCUGACAUUCCUAAAGCCAUGGCUUGGUGCAAGGAUUCCAUUUGUGUGGGUUUCAAAAGAGACUAUUUCCUUAUUAAGGUUGAGUCUGGUGAUUUGAAGGAGCUCUUCCCCACAGGUGCUCGUAUGGAGCCUCUAGUCACCAAGCUGUCUGAAGACAGGCUAGCCCUGCAGAGAGAUGACAUGUCAGUUUUCAUUAACUCAGAGGGAAAUCCUGUUUUGAAAUAUGGUCUUAACUGGUCUGAUAUUCCAGCCAUUAUGGAGCAUCAUCCUCCAUACAUCUUGGCAGUUCUUCCAAAAUACAUAGAGAUCCGGACAAUCAGUCCAAGGACACUCAUCCAGCAGAUUGAACUUAACAAGCCAAAAUUCAUUUGCAAAGGAAGCCAUGUGUAUGUGGCAUCUAGUAACUAUGUGUGGAGAUUGGCCCCCAUUCCAAUCACAAGGCAGAUAGGGCAGCUGCUGGCACAGAAGGAGUUUGAAUUGGCAUUGGUGCUUGCU